CAAUGAGCCGAGCCGUAAUCCCUGUCCUCCAGUGGCUGGCAGUGCAAACAAGGGAGUAUUUCUGGCACGGUCAAGUGACAACGCACGAACCGCCGCAGUGGAUCGGCGAAGCUCCAUUCUUGGCUUUUGGGAUGGAACGCUUACUUAAGCCGCGCGUGCAAGCAGAGAUAAGUCUGCGCCUAAAAUCCAGCUACGCGUGCCACGCUCACGCAGCACCCGUAUAAAAGCGCGCGCCUUCUCUCCUUGUGCAUUGCAAUCGGCGCUCUCCGUUCCGACGGCAUCUUCUCCUGCGGAAAUACGGCCUCUAACUCUGAAUGCUGACGCCGGUGUGGUUCAUCCUGGUGGCGAUCGCCAUCCCCUGUCAGGCGUACCUGGACGACCGGGUGCUCCUUGAUCAGCACUGGACGGGAUUCAGUCCCACGGUCGACGGCUACAGGCGAGAAGACUUCAAGGCGUCUAUGAAGGAUCGCCGACACGCAUCCGCGCGACAAAUCGACAACGAGCCCGACAAACGUUCUGCGGGUCGAGACCUGCUCAGGGCCGAGACUAAGCCGCUGAUGGUACGAGACACGCGGUCAACCAGAGUACGGAACAGAGAGACCUUCCUUCACUUUCGCAGCGACAACGCGAGAAAGCCUGAUAUUGCGGAGCGAAGCGUCCGCCACGUUCUAUCAGAUCUUGAAAGGGUAAGCAAACGAGAAAGGCUCAAUGAAGCACCUGUGCGUAUGAGCCGCACGGAAAGAGACAGCUCAAGAAUGUUAGAUACACGAAAGCAAGAACGCGAAACCAGGCAUAGGACACUCUACAGCACAGGCGGCGAGGGCUUGUACAGGAGGGAGGAUGAGCGGCGAAGAACCACUGCAGAUGCACCAACGUGGGUGAAGGAAGACUCGAGAAGAACGGUCAGGUCUACUAAUCGUGAUCUAGUUAGUUCAGCCAACCGAUUGAAGUCCAGUCGCACAAGCCGCUGCGAGGAUGGCGCAUCUAUUGUUCACCAGAAUGUAGGGUCAAUGGAGCGUAUAGAACGUCAGACGCCGACUGAUCGGCGGGCAUUGAGCUUAGAACGGCUAUCUAGGCUCACUGAAACUAGAGCCCAAGGCCACAAGUUAAACACAAGGUUUAGAGCCAGUCACAGGCAUGAGGAGAACAACCAUGUGUCAAGGGUUGGCGUUGAGCGACAAGGCUCAAGACGCCGAGUAAACGAUCAAGUUAACCGUAACCACCGUGCUCGAGACGCUAUGUGCCAAAGCCGCCUGAUCGUGGACGAACGUAAUGAUCAGCAUGGUACAGCAAAAAAGAUUCCUUUCCGAUCGAAAACCCUGUCUUCCAGAAACAUAUUUACAGAGCGUCAUCAGAUGACUCAACAGAGACGCCGCACGAUAUUGCCAUUGCAAACCAGCCCUGAGAGGGUCAGGGUAGACAGUCGCCUUCGUAAUGAAAGGAUGAUAAGUGCAUUAUCUAGGCUUCCAGUGCACGAGAUAAUUUCCUCUAGAACGACAUCAACCGUACGAACACAGAAUCACAGAGAAGGCAGAGACCCAAUCCGCAACGAGCGGCCUAAUAAACAUACUCAAAGAAGAAUGAGCAAAUCCCUUCCAUCCAUACAUGACACCAGUCAUCACGAAGUAAGACGUACUGGCUUCGAAAAACAGAAUGGUAUCGGUGCUUCGAAUGAGCACACAUCGGUUCAUUUUCUAGCCAAACGCACAGUGCCAAACGUGUCAGAUAAACAGCAACAAAGGCACGACCGUAGCUUUAAGCCACAUGACUCCAGGAUCGAUGUACGAUCAAGGGACGACAGCGAACGACGUAACAGUUACAUUCUGAACAAAAGACCUGCGCGUUCAGAACGGCAAGUGAGCGUGCAAAGCGUCAGUGCAGUGCGCAGGCAGCUGGAUGUCGAUAACGCAAGGUUCGACUGGACAAACACAAGGGAGACAUCUAUUCAAGUGUACCGCACUCGGUGCCAAGCACGUAAUGACAAUGUGGUGCCUAUGCCGGUGAGCUUUCCGGCAAGGAUUGCUAAGCGAAGUGCCAGCGAGAUGGUUCUGGAACAAAGAAUCACUGCAGAAAGAAGGACGAGGGCACUUGCGAGCAGCACACGUUUCCAUUAUGUAGAGCGUGUCGAGGGGCGCCGAAAAUAUCGUCACAACCACAAUGAUGAGCAAAUACGCUUUGUCAAUUCUCAUGAAAGAGUUGCUGUAGACACCAGACAAAUCUCUGGUGAAGGCCGGUUAGCAUUUGCAAGAAUGCGAAAUGCUAGACAUGUUCGCAAGAACUUCAGUUAUGGGGAAUCACGAAGGUCUGCAAGUGCGCACCGCCGCCUAAAAACCAACUCAAAUGAGGCCAUGCCUGACACAAUCAGGUCAACACGAAGCAGCAGGGAAGCAGGUGAUAGUUGCCGAGAUAGUCCAGAAGAUGCGCGGUCACCUCACAUCAGAACUGAGCGAUACAGUUUCGAAAGAAGGCAAAUUAACAAGAGGGACACUGAUCGUGCUGUAUCCAUUGGUCACCGUGACACGACUAUCACACCUGAGCCCCUAAAAACAGCUCCACAUUCAUCAAGAAGAAUGUUCCAGACUGUUCGUCAAGCAGGCUUUGGUGAACAGAAGGAACCAAACUACCAUGAAAAACAGAAAAGCCCACUGUUUUGGGAUGAGCUUGUGUCAAGGACAAACGGCAAUCUGCUUGAGACAGUCCUGACUGUCGGCGUGGUGGCGUGGAUGACCAUGUCACCAAAAAGGAAGCUCAUCAACUGAUCAUGACUGGAAAGUCAAACAUAUCUACACUCCUCACCAAGCCUUUGGGAUUCUCCUGCCGCACUCCCUGCUUUUUCGUGACCCUACAGCACAGAUUGUUUCUAUAAUGAUCCGGUCGGCAAUGCUAUGCACAGCUCUGAGGCACACUGUGUAAUGAAAAAGAUGCAGAUAAUUUUUCACAACCAAUGGCAGCAGCAAGACAGUGGCCGUCUGUAAUAAGGUAUAUCGUAUAGUUCACCUUCACGUAUGGUUGUUCUUGUGGACCAUGAUGUGCAGUAGGUGAAGUGUCCCUGUACCAUAUCCACCAUAAGGUAACUGUUAAUUGCACACUGUACACGCUAUAAGCAACAUAGAACGUUCAACUAAGUAACUGCAUAGUUUUUUUCGAGGCAUGGCAAUGCACACGUAAUAACAUUGUCAUAACAACGAAUAACUACAAUAGCCAACAUUAACCGGUGCCGAUGUUAUGCAUCCAGAGGCCUCUCAUUCCUCACUUAAAGUCCGUUGCGCCUUCAUAAAUAACCAUUAUUUCAAAAUUAAUUAAUCUUCUUAAUAUAUUGUCUUCAUUAUAAUUCUAUAGCUUUUGUCCUACUUUGCUGCACUAGUGCUUUUCUUUCACAUUUAGCACUGAAGAUGUUGUUUUUAGGUGAACCCAAAAAACUGCCUCACUCUGUAAUAAUUCACAUUAACAAGUAAUGCAUGCUUGCACCUGCCAAUCCAGCAACUGGCUAGCUUGUCAGCACAAGGCGCUCCGCACAACAUAUGUAGCAAUCCAUUUCCCAAAAUAUUAUACCCCGGCCACACACAUAUACCAUAUAGUACAGCAUCAGCGUAAAGCCACCGCUAUAGCUAAGCAUUUAUAAAUGCACGCCCUUCCCACCUAUUCCCAUGCAUCCCUUCUCCCCCGCUCCUACCACAACCUCACAACACACAGGUUUGAGGACUACAUCCCUCUCACCCAUAUGGCAUUGAGUACUCCUCCAUGUCCAUAUAACGGCACAAAGACAAAUUUAACCCACUUAACACAUCCAUAUAUAUAUACAUGUGCACAUACACACCAAGACCCAUUGCCAGAAUCUCCCCGCUACUUAUUCCCAUGCGAAACGCCCAUGCAAUGUAGUCAGCCAAUACAACUGCACUUUCUUCAAAAGCACAUGUGCUUCCCAAGUUACAUAGCCAAGGUUCGCAUCAUUAGCUUACUUAUUAUGUGACUGUGCAAAGGCAUUACGGUGUACCAUGUCUGCCUGGUUCAGGGACCAAAUAUUUCUUUCGACUUUUAAAACGUACAGUUGCCCAUUUCUAAACAUAGCAAGAGAGACACAAGUUAUUAAUAAUUGUUGGGGCUUAGCGUCCCAAAAGACACAAGUUGUUACGCUGAAAGGAACAAAACGAAGCAAACGUUACAAAUUAUAGAAGCAGAAUGACCUUAUAAGAGUGUGCAUCACUGAUUAGAACUCAGUUUAUAUAUAUACGUUGGUGACUGCAGGCCUGUAAUUUUCCAAGGCUGUUUGAUUUGAAAAAUUUCCAAACAUAGUUGUCCGUCCCACUGGUAAACAUUGCAGACCAGUGACUUUUAUGAAUUUUUGUAUUGCAUAUCAAAUGCCUGUGGAAGGAGGUGCUACAUAGAGGCAGACAAUACAACAACCAUCAGUUACAUCAAGAAAGGGCAUUAGAGAGACAAAACAUUGUCAGAGGGCAUUCAACACACAAUUGCAUAACAAUAAUUUUUUUUUACAAAAUGACCUUGCAAAGUGGCAUGCUUUAAAUGCACAAUACAAACAUACGAUAUGCCCUAAAACUUGUUUACUAAAAGUCUCUUCUAAUUAACUAGCUAAGUGAACAUCCAUACUAGAGCUUUUCGUUCACUUCACUGUUGGAAUAAAAAAUGCGUACAGAUGUCCAAUAAAAAAUUUAAACUAUCAGUCAUCAACAGUUCUAACAUGGCAUUGCCGACCACUUACAACUGCAUGUUUUGUACGGCAGCUGGUAUAUGUUCUCUAGAAAUGCUUGACCCCAGA